GCUUCCGGAUGCGGUGAAACGGCAGCGAAGAAGGAAAACACCGCACGUAGCUAGCUACAUGGAUUAGUUUAAAUGACAAGACGCCAUCCAUAAAUGAGAGGAGACACCAGCACCUUCCAAAGUGGAUUCAUGAAGACAAUUACACCCGUCGGAAACGAUGUAUUUACGGUGUUUUACAUCAGGUGUCCGUAUAUAAGCGUUGUUUUUACUGAGUAGCCGUGUUUUUGUUUUCUUGCUAGCUGUUAGCUUAAGCCAGUGUAGCGUUAGCUGGUACGCGUAGACAAACGGCUUCUCCCUCCGGGAAAAAAAAGACUUGUCUUUAUUCUUGAUAUAUCACUCAAUUGUACAGACGUAGACUGUGCCGUGCGUGUUUGAUUGUGAUUGAAAAGCGUUCAGGAUUAGUUUUUGGUCACUUUGCAGGUAGACUGCUUUGGAAACGCUCGUUGCUUACUGUCAAAAACAAGUAACGCAAAGUUACAAAAGUUGUAGCCAGUUUUCCUAAAAUAUCCAGGGCACGUUUGGGAAACAAACCAUUGUGUCUGAAGUGACUCGUCAACAUCUCAACAACAAAAGGACAAAAUGGAUAUGAUCUGGACUUCAGUCCCCACACAGACAACACAGCAGAUACUUCAUAAAUAACACUUCCCUGUCAGUCCACCACUUUUCCUCCUCCUGCUGACAGGGCACUUUACAAACAGUAUCCUGUGUUUGAAUUUGACUGAAGUGGAGGAAGUCUACCUUGUUUUAUUUUUUGUUUCGGAUCAACUUCUUUUUCAACUUUAACUUAGAUUAGGCUCUUCAGCUCAACAGUGAAGGAUGAAUGGCCUCUCUUUCGGCGAGCUCUGCUGCCUGUUCUGCUGCCCGCCCUGCCCCAGCCGCAUCGCAGCCAAGCUCGCCUUCCUCCCCCCUGAGCCCACUUACGCCUUUCUUCCAGACCCAGAGGCUGUCCCUGCUGCACCGGGGGCAACAGGGACAUCCAGCCUGCGGGCGCGGAGUGUUGCAUCAGUUGCUGGAAGCGGAGGGGCCGGGCCUUUGGAUGGGAGGUGGAAGCUCCACCUGACGGAGCGAGCCGAGUUUCAGUACUCGCAGAGAGAGCUGGACAUGACAGAGGUGUUCCUCACACGAUCCAGCAGAGGAAACCGGAUCGGCUGUAUGUACAUUCGCUGUGUUCCUAAUGCCAGAUUCACAGUGCUCUUCUCCCACGGUAACGCAGUCGACCUGGGCCAGAUGAGCAGUUUCUACAUCGGCCUCGGCACCCGCAUUAACUGCAACAUCUUCUCCUACGACUACUCAGGCUAUGGCGCCAGCACUGGCAAGCCCUCUGAGAAGAACCUCUAUGCAGACAUAGAUGCUGCCUGGCACGCCCUGCGCACGCGGUAUGGCAUCAGCCCAGAGAAUAUUAUCCUGUAUGGACAGAGCAUUGGUACAGUACCCACUGUAGACCUGGCGUCGCGGUACGAGUGUGCUGCCGUUGUUCUUCACUCACCUCUUACGUCUGGCAUGAGAGUGGCCUUUCCUGACACAAAGAAAACGUAUUGCUUUGACGCGUUCCCCAACAUUGAGAAAGUGUCCAAAAUCACAUCCCCAGUGCUGAUCAUCCACGGGACAGAGGACGAGGUCAUUGACUUCUCCCACGGCCUGGCCCUGUUCGAGCGCUGCCCCAAGGCUGUGGAGCCUCUCUGGGUGGAGGGAGCGGGACACAACGACAUUGAAUUGUACAGCCAGUAUCUGGAGCGCCUCCGCCGCUUCAUAGGACAGGAGUUGGCAGUACAGCACGCCUGACCGUCCCCACCAGGAUCCUCAUCAACGUGGUCAUUACCAUUUUUCUGUGUCCAAGUUGGAGAUGUGUCCGAGUCAUCUCCCUCCACUUACCACGGCUUCCGGGGGUUUUAAUGCUUCACAUACUGGAGUGCUCUGUUUCCGGGGCACAGUACGCCUUUAAUGGACCAUGGUUUGAUGCGACAAGGAGAAAACAAGUGUGUUCAUAAACACCAGAAGUGCGUGAGUGUGAAAGUCUUCACAAACUGCAUUUUUCGACUGUUUUUUGUUUUUGUUUUAGCAGUUCCUUUUAACAGUACAGCUGCCACAUGUUACGUGGCAGCAAAUAUAUUCGGAUACUGUGCAAUAACGGGGACAGUGUCCACAG